UAAAUUGAUUGAUUUUGUCAGGGUGGUAUAACUGUUGUGAUAUCUCCCCUGGUGAGUUUAAUCCACGACCAGGUCACCAAGUUGAACGGAAUGAAUAUCUCAGCUGAGGAUCUCUCCGGGGAUGAUUACAACAGGCAUCGCAACAUUUACAACAUGAUGCGUGGAAGUUCUCCAGGUCCUACCCUGCUCUACGUAACCCCGGAGAAGGUUUCAUCCAGUACUCAACUUCUGGAUGCUCUGAUGUCAGUGUACAACCAGGGUAUGCUGCGCCGGUUUGUGAUUGACGAAGCCCACUGUGUAUCUCAAUGGGGACAUGAUUUCAGACCAGACUACAAGAAACUAUCACUGCUCAGACAAAAGUUUCCUAAGGUACCUCUGAUGGCUCUAACAGCUACCGCAACACCCAGAGUAAGGACGGAUAUCCUCUUCCAGUUGAAGAUGAAGGACCCGAAGUGGUUCCUCUCCAGCUUCAACAGGUCCAACCUCAAGUACGAGGUGAUGCAGAAGAAAGGGAAGUCUGCCACAAAGGAUAUAAUAGAUUUGAUCAGAGGGAACUUCUCCCGGCAGUCCGGAAUAGUCUACUGCUUGUCUAAGAAGGAUUGCGAGGAUGUUGCUGGAAUCUUAUCCCAGGCCGGGAUAUCUGCAGCUCCGUACCAUGCUGGACUCAACCCGGAGCUUCGGAGCAGAACACAGGAUGACUGGAUCCAGGAUAAAAUCAGGGUAGUGUGCGCCACCAUUGCCUUCGGUAUGGGAAUAGAUAAACCCGAUGUUAGGUUUGUGUUGCAUCAAAGUAUGCCUAAGUCCAUCGAAGGUUACUACCAGGAGUCAGGACGUGCAGGGAGGGACGGGGAACCCUCUAGAUGUAUCCUGUUCUACUGCUACGGAGAUAUGCAUAGAUUGCGUAAACUGAUAGAUAUGGGUGAGGGUGAUCCUGCGUGUAAAAAGAUUCACUACGAAAACCUGUGGCAAAUGGUCAGAUACUGCGAGAACCUCAGUGACUGCCGUCGUGUCCUCCAACUCCAAUACUUCGGGGAGGUCUUCGACCACACACGCUGCGGAGAGGUCACCAACAUGCGCUGCGACAACUGCUCCAGAAACAUGCACUCAACCAUGGAGAAGGUCGACAUCACAGAAAUCGCCAAGAUGAUCGUUAUAGCUGUGCAAAGGAUCUCCCAACGAUCCAACUACAACCAAAAGAACUUCACUCUAAACCAUUUCGUGGAUAUUUGGCGGGGUGCGAAGAAUCAGAAAGUGAUAAGCUCACAAUGGGAUACUGAUCCUAUAUACGGCAAGGGUAGUGGAUACAAUGCCCUAGAUGCAAACCGUAUUCUCCGUCUGCUCAUCCUUGAAGGAUACCUGUGGGAGUCCAUGGUUAUCACCAGGGAUAAGAUGGUCAGCGCGUACCUUAGCGCUGGGAGUAAAGCAGCAGAAUUGCUCCAGGGUCGGUGUACUGUACUGCACAAGAUGGAAGGAAAGCGAACUGCUGGGUCUAGGGCCGAGGAAGGAACCAGUUCUCAGCAGGAUCCUAAACUAGUAGAACUCCAGGAGGAGUGCUUUAACGAGCUCAAGCACCUCAUCCUUGAGACAGGAAAGGAACUCUACCCCAGCAAGCAAAUCAAGGGGGUCAACGAGAUCAUCCCUCUCCAGGCCUUGAAGCAGAUUGCAGAGAUGCUCCCAACCUCGCUAGAGGCCCUGAAGCGGCUGGAGUACCUGACAGAGUACAGGGUGAGUCUGUACGGAGAGGUUAUACUGAACAUUACCAGGGAGUACAACGAAAGAAGGAUGGAGUAUUUGACGUCACAGGUUCAAGCCAAUCAGCUUGUCAGAGACGAGGAGGAUUUUACGCCCGGGGAUGAGAACGGAGAAGGAUGGCUCUCCAAGGGGGGGAAAUCCAAAUAUUUCAAGGGUGGUCGUGGCGGUGGAUAUAAGAAGAGAGGCGGAGGUAAACGAAAAUCCAAAUCUCAAGGUGGAAGCACGCCUAAACGUAGGAGUGUUGAGGGCGGUGGAUGGAAAGGGAAAUCCGCCAGAGGAGGAACGGGCGGUUGGACUUCCUCUCGCGGAGGAGGGUCUUCAAGGGGUCCAUCUGCCCCACGAGGGGGAGGCUCAUCAGGCAGCAUGGGAUUGCCCAAACGUUUAGGAGUAAACGCAUAAAGCUAAAGAAAACUUAAAUACCUCCCUGAAAUCCAACGCUUAACUGUAAUUUAUUAAAUGUUCUUCAGUAUUAAUUCCUAUAAAAUGUUGUAUCUUGUAUGUAACGAAGUUUAUAUUUCUAUAUUUACAGA